AAGAUUGACGAGAAACUCAAGGCAGCAGCCCUCGCCUCGAGCCAGCCCAUCCCGCACGAUGCCAGGCCACUGCCUCCACCCAGCACGGCGCCCAUUCUAUGCAAGGAGCAGCAAGACCUGAUUGACCUCAUCGCAACAGGCAACAAUGUCUUCUUCACGGGCUCGGCAGGCUGUGGAAAAUCUACUGCGCUAAAGGUGGCAGUGAACAUGCUGAGGGCAAAGGGCAAAAUCGUCCACACCGUCGCCCCCACCGGCCGAGCAGCGCUCCAGGUCAACGGCAUGUCGACGUGGUCCUACAUGGGCUGGACGCCAGACUAUCACAAGCUUCCCAUCAAAAAACUCAGGCACAAAGGGUUUCGCAAGCACAUUAGGAAGCGUCUGAGGGACACAGACGUGCUCAUUAUUGACGAGAUUAGCAUGGUGGAAAAUCACCAUCUCGAGCGCAUGAAUCUGUGCAUGAAAGCGGCGAUUUGCUGGAACCAGUGGCAUGGCGGGGGAGACGGCCCGUCCUUUGAAGGAGACACUCCCAUCGACAAUGGAGACGCUCCGCCCUUUGGGGGAGUCCAGGUCAUCGUCACGGGGGACUUUUGCCAGUUGCCGCCUGUGAAGCCAUUCGAGUUUUGCAUGGUGUGCGGACAGAAGCUCAUCUCCGACAAGGACGGAGCCGAGUUCAACUGUGACAACAAUCAUGGCCCCUUUUCAGAGACGGAUAAAUGGGCCUUUAGGAGCUCUGCUUGGGAGGAGGCCAACUUCCAUUACGUGAACCUGAAAGAGAUUCACCGCCAAAAAGACGAGUCCUUUAUCAGAAUGCUCCAGAAAUGCCGUCUUGGAAUCCCGUUCCUGCCACAAGAGAUGGCGAUUCUGAUGAAUCAUCCUUGCGAGGUCCAAAAAGCUACAAAGCUACUCUGCACGAGACGUGAAGUCCAAAGGAUAAACCAAGAAAGCUUCAAUAAGCUAAAGACACCAAGACUCCAGUAUGAAGCUCUCGAUGGCUUUGAACCAUAUACGGAGGAGCAUAAAGAUCUCCCCCAAUACACAAGGCGACAGUAUGACGGGACCCUGGAGGCUUGCAGAGACCAACGCCUGGAACCACGCGUCAUACUGCGAGGCGGCAUGCUCGUGAUCCUGCAGGUAAAUCUUGACAUCAAAGCAGGACUGGUCAAUGGAAGCCAGGGUAUCAUAUGCGGCUUUGAAGCAUAUAGCCCUGAAAAACUUCCCAGAGCUGCAACCGGCGACGACGCCGACUCUAUUCCUCCGGAGCAACGCCUCAACGGGGAUCAUGCAAAGCUCAGAGAGAGACAGAUACAUCGUUUUGUGGAAUACCAACUGCAGUCAAGCAAUUCAUGGGCGGCCAAGGCCUGGCCUCGCGUGCUAUUCCACAACGGCCUGAAGCGAACCAUAUACGCAACGUGUACAGUCAACUCCAUAGGCGACAAAGAGCCAUAUUCUUUGCUACAUCGGACUCAAGUGCCUCUAAUCGCCGGAUGGGCCAUGAGCGUUCAUAGAAGCCAGGGCAUGACGCUAGACCGCGUUGUUGUUGAUCUAUCCAAUGCUUUUGAAGCGGGCCAGACGUAUGUCGCU